UUAUAAGAUUUUUAAACUCUUCCUAAGGUGUAAUGAAUGGGCUUUCAAAUAGACCGAGGACAAUAAAAGAUAAAAAAUAGUUCAAAUAUUUUGCUUAGUGUUAAGUGCUAUAUAACAAAAGAGUGCGUAAUAGGUUCAUUGUUUGACAAUAAGAUAAAAAAGAAGAAAAGAAGAAAACAAAGAUGUCAAGGCGUAGACAUAUUGCAAAUCGAACAGAUUAUACUCCGCUAACCACGGAAGACAUUGGGGAAGACGAAUACGAUCGGCCGGAUGGAUUUAUGGAAGAUCAAUUUGACAAACCGGAAAGAAAAUUUCCUUGGAAAACAAUAUUGUUUAUAUUGUUCUUUUUAAUAGCUGGGGCGACUUGUUUAACUUGCGGUAUUUUAGUUUCUACGGAUUAUGUCGAUAAAAAGUACGCAGACCGGGCGUGGCCGUUAUUAAUAUUGGGCAUCCUUAUGUUUAUACCCGGUGGUUAUUAUGGGUACAUUUUAUUAUGCAUUUGCCUUAAGCGUGACGGCUUUACGGUCGAAGACAUCCCAAUGUUGUAAAAGCUAAUGUCGUUUUGUAAUAUUCAAUAUUGUGACUGCCACGUUUCUUUAUAAUUAAGCUCCCUUUUUAUAACUGUAGUAGUAUAUACGUUUAUACAUAAUAUAAAUGAAAUAUAUUUAAGCAUAUAUUAAUUAUAUAGUAUACACAUACGUAUAAAUAUACAUAUAUAUAAACAUAUGUAUAAAUAUAUGUACGUACGCAUGCGUAUCAACCAAAUGUGUGUAGCAUACAUACAUGACUUAAACUCGUUCUAACCAUUUUUAAAUUAUUGCUUUAAGAAGAAACAAAUGCCUAAAUCAAAUUUGGGCGUGUUAUUGAGUUAUAUCAUCUUUGCUAAAUAAUGCUUUAUUUGGAUAAUUUUUUUUACGCAAUGUUGAAAUUGUACAUUCAAUUAAAUAGAACUAAGUCAAUUGAUUGGGAAUAAUCUCCCAUCUGUUUAAAGACUAUUGUUCUGUGAAAACGGAAAGAUUCAUUUAAUAUUUCUGCAUAUUUUGUCA